GCAAUAUAAAUAGUAAGGAAAUGUCUUUGCGGAAAAAAUUAAAUUAGCAAAUUCUUCUAUUCAUUAUUAUAUUUAUAUUUUAUUAUGUACGAAUGGUGUGUUACUUAAACUUUUGCUACAGAUCAGAAUGUCGGAUGAAGUAUGAAGCUUUUUAAGUUGAUAGUGCAUCAAAAGAAUUUUAGUGGAGAAGACUUGAUCAUCAAUCCGAAGGAUUAUCCCGGCAUAAAAACUGGCGAUGUCGUCGAAAUUUAUCAUCCCGAAGAUGAGUUUAGUCGUUUGUUGUUGCAAGUUACCUCCUUCAAGGAAGAUCUCCAGGGACGCGAAACUAUCAGCGUGGAAAAUAACGUAGCAUCGAUGUUCCAAUUGCGAACGUUUGCUGAUGUUUACAUGAAUAUAGUAAAUCCGGAUGAUGUAGCUCUAGAUUCUAUAGAGUUAACUUUUAAGGACCAGUAUAUGGGACGUAGUGAGAUGUGGCGUUUGAAAAAUAGCUUGGUCAACACUUGCGUAUAUAUUAAUAAGAAGAUAGAGUUUUGUGGUGGUAGUAUACGUUGUCAGGUAUAUGAAAUGUGGUCACAGGGUGAUCGUGUUGCUUGCGGUGUUAUAACUGAUGAUACUAAAGUAGUGUUUCGAUCUUCUACAAGUAUGGUGUACCUGUUUAUUCAAAUGAGUACUGAAAUGUGGGAUUUUGAUAUACAUGGAGAUCUUUACUUUGAAAAAGCGGUUAAUGGAUUCUUAGCAGAUUUAUUUCAGAAAUGGAAAAGGAAUGGUAGCAAUCAUGAGGUUACCAUAGUACUGUUCUCAAGAACUUUUUAUAAUGCAACCAGUUUGGAGGAAUUUCCGAAUUAUAUGAGAGAGUGUUUGCAACAUGAUUACAGAGGAAGAUUUUAUGAAGAUUUUUAUAGAGUUGCAGUACAAAAUGAAAGAUUUGAAGACUGGAGUAAUAUCUUAGUACAGUUACGUAAACUGUUCACUGAUUAUCAAAAAAUUGUUUUGGAAUAUCACCAAAAACCAGGUAUUAAUAUGCCUAAGGCAGUAAAUUCUACUGCUGCACAGGGCAAUUUUCUGGAAGUGUUAAAUAUGUCUCUGAAUGUUUUUGAGAAACACUACUUGGAUCGUAGUUUUGACAGGACUGGUCAGUUAUCUGUAGUCAUUACACCUGGAGUUGGAGUCUUUGAAGUUGAUAGAGAGCUGACAAAUGUGACAAAGCAAAGAAUCAUUGAUAACGGUGUAGGAAGUGAUUUAGUAUGUGUUGGGGAACAACCACUUCAUGCAGUUCCAUUAUUAAAAUUUCAUAAUAAAGACUCUUCUAUAAAUGCACCAGAUGAUUAUAGCAUGCCUCAUUGGAUAAAUCUUAGUUUCUAUUCCACAAAUAAAAAGAUUCCUUAUUCCACAUUUAUACCACGAAUAAAAUUGCCGCAAAAAAUAUCGAAACAUCUGACAGAUAAUGACAAAUUACAUUGCAAAACCAGACUUCUACAGGAAGAUCCAAGAGAAUGUCUGCAUAAUACAUUAUUCGAUUAUGAUGCUUAUGAUGCACAAGUGUUUCAAUUACCCACAGUUCAUACUUCAAGUGUACAAAGGUUAAAUACAAGAAGGAAAAAGACAAGCGUAGUGUGUCUUGAAACUCAUAAUAAUGGCUAUUUAUUAAAGCUCUUGAAACGUAAAAUGUCGGAUCCUGAUAUACAUCAUCCACCACCUGAAACACAUUCACCACCAAUUCUUGCAUUACGAAGUGCAGCAAUAACGAUACCGCAUAAAACUGAUGACAGUAAUAUCGAAUCUAAUGAGGAUAGAACUGGUGUAUCCAAAACGCCAGUUAAAAACGAUUUAACUGACUCUGAAAUAUCUCCACCUUUUAGACCUGUUGUUGGUAGUGCUGGUAGCCCGACAAACUCAAUUUCUCAGCCAACGAAUAUACUUAGGCCUGGUAGAGCAUUAAUCAAUCCUUUUGAUCCAUCACAUGUUACCAUUAAACUUACCAGCAACAGACGACGGUGGACUCAUAUAUUUCCGAAAGGGCCUACAGGAGUUCUAAUACAGCAACAUCAUUAUCAAGCUGUUCCAAUGCAAUCACAUUUAGAGUCACAAAGUGAGGCUAUAUCAUCGAUCAAAAGCGGAUCUUCGAUGGAAGCUGGAGCGAAUAAUUCACAUCAGAUUUCAAGAUCAGCAUCUCAAACAGGAUUUCAAGAUUACACAAAAGGAAAGUCAUCGCGACCUAAUCCCCCUACAGUUGCUAAUGGGGAUAAAGCUGCGAAUCCUUCAUCUAUCCCGUGGGGUACUGCUGUGGACCAGCAAUGGACUCCUGCUCUAACAACAG